AUGCAGCUCCCUCUUCUCACCAUCGCCGCCCUGGCGCCCCUCGUCGCCGCCCACUUCAAGCUCGACUAUCCCGACUCCCGCGGAGUCAAUGAGGACAAAAUGACCCAGUUCCCUUGCGGCGGGCUCUCCGCCUCCUCGGACCGCACCAAGGUCUCUCUCUCGGAUGACGGUUCCGCCACUCUGCCCGUCGCCAUCUCCCUAGGCCACUCGCAAACUGCCGUCGAGGUCCUCCUGGCCCUGGGCAACGAUCCCGGCCAGAACUUCAACGUUACCCUGGAGCCGACUUUCCGUAUCGAGGGGCUCGGCUCGUUCUGUCUCUCGGAUAUCAAAUUUGACCAGGAGAAGUUGGGCGUUAAUCUCACCGAUGGCAUGAAUGCUACCGUGCAGGUGCAGAGUAAUGGUGAUCCCACCGGAGGGUUGUAUGCUGUAUGUGAAAUCUUUUCCCCUCCCAGCAGACCAAGUGUGUGUUUCAGUGUGAGCGUGAUGCUAACUGUAUCUUCCAAACAUAGUGCGCCGAUAUCCAAUUCUCCUCGAGCACCAAGGUCGAGCAGCCGUCUUCUUGCAAGAAUAACACCGGUGUCAAGGCCACCCCGUUCUCUGGAGCCGCGGCGAAGCGCAAUGCCAACGAAUCGACCGCUAACGGUGAGGCUCAGAGCGGCGGCUCCUCGGCGUCUGCUUCCUCGACUGGAAGCUCACCUUCUUCGACCGGUGCUGCUGUUGCGCUGGAGACCGCUGCUUGGGGAAUUCUGGGAGCUGCUGUUGUUGGAGGUAUGGCUGUUUUGUAAGGGAUGGUUGGGAUCUAGCUGUGAAUGGAGAGAGCGCUUGAAUGAUGGAAAGAGGGGGAUAUAA